AUGGGAGAGAUGUUAGGUAGAAGUAAUCUUAUUGAUGAUAUUGAUUUGAAUGCGUUGAUUGUUGAAGAUUGCAAUUCAUCAACUCCUGUUGAAUGUAAUCUCCCUAAUGGUGUUGAAUCGGAUUCACUAGUUGUAUGUAAUGCUAGUUCUUCCUGUUUUGAUGGUGAUCACGAUGACAUUCGAGAUGGCUGUAAUCCAUCUGCUAGAGGUGGUGGUACUUCUACAGAUGCCAAUGAGGAUGAUUCAUCUAUUCCAGCUAAUCAAGAAUUGGUGGGACAUUCUGUUUAUUCUCUUGAAGAAGCAUUUGAUAUGUAUAAUGAUCUUGCAUCUCGGAUGGGAUUUAGUGUUAGGAAGGGUAACUUCGAUCUAAUUUUUCUUGUUCGCAAAGGGAGCAGAGGAGAUUACAUUUGUUCAUCGCGAUUUGAGUUCAUUAUGUCGCGAAUUAUGGGAGAGAUGUUAGGUAGAAGUAAUCUUAUUGAUGAUAUUGAUUUGAAUGCGUUGAUUGUUGAAGAUUGCAAUUCAUCAACUCCUGUUGAAUGUAAUCUCCCUAAUGGUGUUGAAUCGGAUUCACUAGUUGUAUGUAAUGCUAGUUCUUCCUGUUUUGAUGGUGAUCACGAUGACAUUCGAGAUGGCUGUAAUCCAUCUGCUAGAGGUGGUGGUACUUCUACAGAUGCCAAUGAGGAUGAUUCAUCUAUUCCAGCUAAUCAAGAAUUGGUGGGACAUUCUGUUUAUUCUCUUGAAGAAGCAUUUGAUAUGUAUAAUGAUCUUGCAUCUCGGAUGGGAUUUAGUGUUAGGAAGGGUAAACAGUACUACUUCCCUGGAACUCGGAAUGUGAAGUCGAAAAAGUUCUAUUGUUAUAAGGCUGGGUUGAAAGCAAAACAAGCGAGUGCUAAUAAGUGUUAUACAAAGAUAGAUACUCGGACUGGAUGUGAUGCAAUGUGUCAAUUUGACUUAGAUUCAAGUGGGAAGUGGGUAGUUACAAAACAUGUAAAGGAGCACAACCAUGAGUUGUGUCCGGCAUCUGCAAGCUAUAUGCUUAGGUCGCAUAGGAACGUUUCUGUUGAUCAGUUGACAUACCUUAAAGAUAUGAAGAGGAGUGGAGUCCCAUUAUAUGAUGGUAUUCAGUUUUUAAAACAUCAGUCUGGAGGUUCACCAUUUGUUGGAUUUACUGCCAGGGAUGCUUAUAACACAAUGUUGUUAGAUUCGGCGAAGCAUUUAGAUGGGACUGACUCUAACACUUUGAUUGAGAUUUUUCGGAAGAGACAAUUGAAUGAGUCUAGUUUCUUUUUUGAUUUCGAAGUUGAUGAUGAUGCUAGGUUGUGUAGUUUUUUUGGAGGGAUGUGCAAAUGA